AUGACGUCCCGCGCAUCAGGGGCGGACCCUCCGACCACCUCUCUCCGAGCGACGAGCGCUCUAAACGGGGUGAAAGUGUACGAAGUCGCCUCGAGCAAACACAAUCCGCAGUUCGCCGCCGACGGGAAAACGAACAAGAAACCUUCGAGAAAGCAACGCAAAGAUGUGAAUUAUCAGCAACGGAUAGAGUUGAUUCAAGACUUGGAUUCGUUUCCGACGUGUGCGCACAGAGGGAAAGUUUCCGAGGAUGGACAGUUCUUGGUCGUGAGCGGGUUACAUCCGCCCAUGUUCAAGUGCUUCGAUUUGGGAAAUCUGAGCUGUAAGUUUACGAGACACUUGGACAGCGAAAUCGUGGACUUUCAACUUUUAGGCGAAGAUUAUUCAAAGAUUGCGUUUUUAUGCGCGGACAGAGCGAUUCGGUUUCACGCGAAGUUUGGAACGUAUUACGACGUUCGAACGCCGAGACAGGGGAGAGACUUGGCGAUUUCGAGACGAACGGCGGAUUUAAUCGUAUGCGGAUCGAGUAAAGACGUGUACCGGUUAAAUUUGGAGAAAGGACGGUUUUUGGCGCCGUUGGAGGCGAAGUGCGAGGAUUUAAACGUCGUUGGUAUCAGCCCGACGCACGGUUUAGUCGCCGUUGGAGGUGGAGACGGAAGCGUGGAGUGUUUCGAUUUGAGGCAGAAGAGAAGCGUGGGGAGAUUGCACGCGUGCGGCGGAGAUAGUACUUUAGAGAAUAGAACGGAGAUGAGCGAUUCGGAGGAGAAAACCGGGGUGACGUGCGUGCGAUUCGACGACUCGGGGUUAAACUUAGCGUGUGGGAGCUCGGAUGGUAUCGUGCGAAUAUUCGAUUUGCGGUCGAGCCGAGCAAAGGUGACGAAAGAUCACAUGUACGGCGAACCGAUCAUAGACAUCAAAUUUCACGAAACCGCGGACGGGAAGAAGCGGGUGAUGAGUACGGAUAAGAAAAUUGUGAAAGUUUGGGAGCAAAAUAGCGGGGAUAAUUACGUCGCGGUCGAACCGAGAGACGGGAAAGAAAUCAACGAUAUCGUUUGCUGGGAAAAUAGCGGUUUAGUUUUUACUAUCAUGGAAGAUCCAAAGAUUGGAUGCUAUUUCAUCCCCGGUCUCGGUCCGGCGCCGAAAUGGUGUUCGUUCUUGGAAAAUUUAACCGAAGAGAUGGAAGAACAAAAGAGAGAAACGCUGUACGACGAUUAUCGAUUCGUGACCGCGAAAGAGUUGAGCGAGUUAGGUUUGGACCACUUAAUUGGAACGAAGAUGUUGAGAGCAUACAUGCACGGCUAUUUCAUGGACAACAGAUUAUACGGCAAAGCGAAAUCGGUUUCCAAUCCGUUCUCGUACGAGGAUUAUAAAAACAAAAAGAUUGCUGAGACGAUGGAGAAAGAGAGACAAACGAGAAUCGCACCGAAGAAGAAACUUAAAAUGCCGAAAGUUAACGCGGCGUUUGCGGCGAAACUGGCGAGCGGCGAGAAAACCGCGAGCUUCAAAACCGGCGACGCGGACGCCGACUUUGAUAACGAAGAGUUGGAGGGAGAACCAGAGAUUAAAAACGAACUCAUGCGAGACGAUCGUUUCGGUGCGCUCUUUAAAGACGAGGACUUUGAAAUCGACGAGAAGUCAGAGCAUUAUAAGUUGUUGCAUCCGAACGCGGCUAAAGUAGACGCGAGGAAGAAGCGCGAGUUGAUCGAAGAACAUUUCGAUACGUUCGAUACGUCCUCGGACGAAGAAGAAAAUGUUAAAGAAAAGAAUAGAAAAGAAAAAGAUUCCAAACAGAAGAAAACGAAGAAGAAAGAUAGCAAGAGAAGAGGAAUAGAAGUAGAAGAAGGAGAUACUAGCGAUGAGGAGGAGGACGACGACGACGACGUCGGAGGACGACCAGGCAAAACAGGAGACGACUUCAUUCCUUCAACUGCGUUUGCGGGCGCGAAGAAAGGGUACGUCUUCUCCAACGGCAAGCGCGGCGUAGGAUACUAUAUGGAUUCAAAGGCAUCCAAAAAAACAUCGACUGCACCACCCACCAUGGGUAACAAAAAGGCCAAGAAAUCUUCUUCCACGGUUUCUGCGAAAGAGCCGCAAAUGUACGCCGUCAAAGACGCCUUCCACAAAACCGCCUACACCAAAAAGUUAAACUCGCACGUCGACCUCCCUCUGAUCGAACGCGCCAAGCUCGAAGGCGGCGCCGCGCAAACCUUACGAGACGCCGAACGACGCAACCCAAAGAAAACGAUCGGAAACCGCGAAGGUUUCUUCGACGCCGCGAUACCUUCAGCGGCGGACAAGAAAAAAAAAGGGGACAAGAAACGCCUCGUCGGUUUCGGUAUCCGCGAAGCCGCCGCGGAGGACGAAGAAAACGCCUUCGCGGCGGAAACGCACUAUCGAAACGGGAAACGAAGAGGCGUAGAAUCGAUCAUGCACACAUCCGGUGGUGGUCGAGCUGGUCGUGGUCGAGGCCGAGGUGGUGGGAGAGGAAGAGGCGGAGGAAGAGGAAGAGGGAGACGAUGA